AAGGUCAAGAUUACAUUGGCUGUGAUUGCAAUGAUGAUGAUUGUGAACUUUGUCAACUUGGAAAUAAUUGUACCUUAAAUGAUGAUUGCGCUUCCGGAACAUGUCAUAGUGUUCAUGGUAUUUGUGUGGCUUGCACCAGUGAUAGUGAUUGUAAUGACGAGUUCAGAUGUAUGAUUGAAAUUGGAGUUUGUAUAUGUAAGCCAAAUAAUAAUGCGUGGUCGUGUCAGGUUGGUGAUUCUUGCGUCGAUAACAAAGAUUGCGAGACCGGGACAUGUUCUGUUGGUAUAUGUGUAGCUUGCUAUCAUGAUAAUGAAUGUGAUCCCGGUAAUGAGUGUGUAGGUGGAUUUUGUAUAUGUAAAAAAGGAGAAGAUUGCAACAACCGGAUACGCAAAUUUUCUAGUGUGUCGGACAUUGUACCAAUUCCAGAUUUGAAUAAAUAA